CCGCCGGAGUGCUGACGUACGAUUGGAAUGAGGGAGUGAAUGUUCCGGGUCAGAAACUGGACGGGAGAGGAAAUUAACUCCAGGACGAGACGAGGGGGGGAAAAAAGCACAAGAAUGCCACCCUGAGAUGUAGCCUGCGUUUUAGUUUUUUUUAAUUUACGACGGCUUUUAAAAGCGACGACGAAGAAGAACGAAAAAAAAAACAGGUGCCUACAACUACAAAGUGAUUCCCAUGUUCGUCGACGUUUAGCUCGGUGGUGACUUAUUUUACAGCGGGAGUUUCGGUGUUUACUUGCCUGCGAGUUUCGCUUUGCUCCGGUUUGACGGUAAAUUUAGCUCCGUCCGUCCCGCCGUAGCAAUCUGUUGCAUCCCCCCUCUUCCUCCUGUUUGUCUGUUUGUUUAUCCCGCGGAGGUUUUACUCGCAUCUCCCCCGUCAUGUUUCACUGUAUCCCCCUGUGGCGGUGCAACCGUCACGUUGAGAUGAUCGAUAAACGCCACUGCUCGCUGCUCUAUGUGCCCGAUGAGAUUUAUCGCUACGGACGGAGUUUGGAGGAGCUGCUGCUGGAUGCCAACCAACUCCGAGACUUGCCCAAGCCGUUUUUCCAGCUGGUGAAGCUCAGAAAACUUGGCCUGAGUGACAAUGAGAUCCAGAGACUUCCACCAGAAAUCGCCAACUUCAUGCAGCUGGUAGAGCUGGAUGUCUCGCGAAAUGAUAUUAUGGAAAUUCCAGAGAGCAUUUCAUACUGCAAAGCCCUCCAGGUGGCAGAUUUCAGUGGAAACCCAUUAACAAGAUUACCUGAUAGCUUUCCAGAGCUUCGGAAUCUAACAUGCCUUUCCAUCAAUGAUAUUUCAUUGCAAGUUCUUCCAGAUAACAUUGGAAACCUCUCCAAUUUGGUAUCACUCGAGCUCAGAGAAAAUGUGUUGACAUUCCUACCAGAGUCACUAUCUCUGCUUCACAGACUUGAAGAACUCGACCUAGGCAAUAAUGAACUCUACAGUCUGCCAGAGUCAAUAGGCUGUCUUAUCAGCUUAAAGGACUUGUGGCUGGAUGGAAACCACUUGGCUGAAAUACCUGCAGAGAUGGGCAGCAUGAAAAGCCUCUUGUGUCUGGAUGUAUCGGAAAACAAACUGGAGCGACUUCCGGAGGAGCUGGGACGCCUGUCGUUACUCACUGACCUGCUAGUGUCUCAGAACAACAUUGAUGCUCUACCGCAUAGCAUUGGAAAACUACAGAAGCUUUCCAUAUUGAAAGCUGAUCAGAAUAGGCUAACGUAUCUUCCAGAGAGCAUUGGCAACUGUGAAAGUCUCACUGAACUUGUGCUCACAGAGAACCAGCUACAGAGUUUGCCGAGAAGUGUCGGGAAGUUGAAGCGACUGUCAAACUUCAACUGUGACAGAAACCAGCUAACAGCAUUACCUAAGGAGAUUGGGGGCUGCAGUGGUCUGAAUGUCUUCUGCGUACGAGAGAACAGACUGACGAGAAUACCGCCAGAGCUGUCACAGGCCACAGAGCUGCAUGUCCUCGAUGUCUCUGGAAACAGGCUCACCCACUUACCCAUGUCGCUGAUCACACUACGACUGAAGGCCCUGUGGUUGUCGGAGAACCAGUCCCAGCCGCUGCUCACCUUUCAGACCGACGAGGAUCCCGAAUCAGGCGAGAAAGUGCUCACUUGUGUGCUGCUGCCUCAACAGCCAUUUGAUUCAGACAAAAAAGGCUAUGAUAACCUGGCCCGCUGUGGAGCCCUGGAGAGUCUGGUGAACGACAUGGCAGAUGACACGUGGGACAACAAAGCCACGAACAGGAUCAGUGCCAUUCACUUCCUGGAUGAUGAGGAGGAGGAGGAGGAUGACGACAAGGGAACACUACUUCGACGCGCCACGCCGCAUCCCGGUGAGCUGAAAACAAUGAAGAAAACGGCAGAGAACGUCCGCAACGACCUGAACGCUGCCAAAGGCCUGGACUCCAACAAAAACGAGGUCAAUAACGCUGCAGACAGAGUGACCACGUCUGUGUGACCUUUACCUCAGAAAUGUUUUUUACCUCCUGUGUCUCGCCGUGUUGUCCUGCACAACCCCGCAGCCCCUUUUUUUAAUUUUACCCACAAACCCCGGUGUGGCCUACCCCUCCUUUGAUUAAACCCUGGGACGCCUAUAACCUUAUUCCAUCUCCUGUGUAAAACAUGCUCAGUCUACCAGGGCCACUGUGCCUUCCUCUUUUUAAUACAUGUCCACAGGAAUGAUCUGCACAGAGACGGUCCUUUUUAAAAGAUAUUUUAAAGGUUUAUUACUUUUUAAAGGAAUCUUUUAAAAAACAUAUACAUUAGGUAGUUGCACUAUUAUAAGUCUUUAUAAUAUGGUCAAACCUUCUUAAGUGUAUUAUAUAUUUGUUCUAUAUCUUUUUUUUUUAAAACACUGGGUGAAUACUUUUUACAUUUUGGGCAAACAAAAGCAGGAGAUUUUGGACCUACUGAUUAAGGAUUAUUGUACAGCCUCUUGUGAAUAUUGAUACUUUUAUAUUUUUUGGCAGCUCAGAUGUAAAUACAAAUGUAUAGCAAAUUUCUUAAUCCAUUACAGAUUUUUAAACUUUUUUCUUUUUCAAACUUGGUACAUUUUUCUUUUCUUUAAAAAAAAAAAUCUAAACCAUGAACAAACCACAGUCACUAAUGUCUUAUGCAAUCCAUAGAAUUUCUAUUGAUUGAGUGGGUCGCUUAGGAACCUGUUGUUUUUCACCUGUAACACACCUAGACCUACUUUUGGAUACGUAAUAGAUACGACUAAUUAGUUAAGUUUGGGUUUAAGUGCUGCACAUCAAACUUUAAUUACUCAUCUGCAAUAUAAUUAUGCAGAGGUAACAUUGCUGUCUUAUUUAUAUGUGCUGUGCUUCACUGCUUUGCAAUGUUUUUCAAAUAGAUGCCAAAAACAGCUGUAUUUUUUUAAGGUUUCUUUUCCUUUAACGAAGAGUACUGUAUAGAAUAAUCAUCGGAGGUUUGGUGAGGAUGUGGUUCGCACCACGAGGAUGGCAUCCUGUAAAAAGGCAGUUGUUCAAGUUCCACUUUAAUGCACUUCUCAGCGUUGCUCAAAUCUUAUUCUUUUAUAUGGUACAUGAUAAAUUGUAUUAUUUUGUUUUUAAAUCGAUUGCAAAAAGUGGACCAGGGAAAUUGGUUCAAGUGUUGGUUUUAUGUUUUUAAUUAUUUUCUGAUCAAACUGCACAAAACGGAUCUUAGACAGGCACUGAGCCUCGAGGUCUGGAUGACUUUUUAACCACUGAUCAAUAAAAUAAGUGCAACACUAAACAACAUGUUUGUUCCUUUAAUUUUAUAAGUCAACCUGUUUAGUUGAGAAAAUCACUUUUUUCUGGCUUGAUUUCAUCUCAGCUGAGUUUACCUUUAUUUUAUUGUCAGAUUUUAAAAAUUUUAGCUCAUAUUUUGUGGGAUUUUUGUUAUCUCUAUAUCCAAAAAAUCAUAUGCAGGAAGCUCAGACUUAACCUGGCUCAUUUUGAGGAGUGUAGAAAGCCUCCUACUAACCCGUCCCUCAGGACCAGUUGCCAAAACUGGGUCAUCCCAGGCUUCAGAUGGGUGACAAACAGAGAGCGUCUGCAGGGUGGACCUCAAGUGUUUCCAGUCAGCAGCACUGUGUGUGCUCGCUGCUCCAGCAUAGAGAAGAUCACAGAGAAAAGUGAACAUCCUAAGGAGGAUGGCGCAGGCCAGCUGUCGCAUAUUGACGCCUCACCACUUCGAUUUCGCCAUCAGAGAGGUGAAGUCAAAGAAGGCAGGAAUUUUCUGCAUCACAGAGGUCUUAAUGCAGGGCCUGGUCUCCAUGGAGACAAAAAGACCCCAUCCAUCACAGGGCAUCUGAAAUCUUCAGCGGUGACAGAGAAGACCCUUCCUCAGGAACCACUCGUCUCCAAAGUGCCAUUAAGAGUAACUUCACGCUGUGCCUUAAUUGCCAAAUUACUUCUGGGGGGUUGCUAUAACCACUGUGAGGAAGUGUAUUGAUUGUGUCAAUCAGCUUUAAAAAGAAAAUCCUAGUUGUUAAUGUUUUGGUGUUUUGCUCCAAUCAGGCCUCUAAUGCGAAGUGAAACCAUUUUCUCUUAGUUACAGAUCAAAGUGUCUACCCAGAAAGGUAGUUUGGGAAUCAGCAUUGCUGGUGGAAAAGGCUCUCUGCCUUACAAAGACCACGAUGAGGGAAUUUUUAUUUCCCGAGUAGCUUCAGGUGGGCCAUCAGAAAAGGCUGGAGUCCAUGUGGGAGAUAGAUUGCUGGAGGUGAACGGGCUCGACAUGCAGGGGGCGACCCACCAUGAGGCUGUCAGCGCCCUCAGAAACGCUGGGAGCUGCAUCAAGAUGAAAGUACUCAGAGAGAGGGUAUUACCUCGAGAGGUGCGUGACCUGGAUGCACCUCAAGAUCCUCAGGACGUGACAGGAAGACAGCUGAGCAGCCAGGACCGAGGAGGUCUCAGGGGCAAAAAGCCCAAGAUGGAGAACGCAGAGCUCAGUGUGUCCAAGAAGUCUGAGCCGGUCGUCUGCAAUGGCAACGGCAUUGUGGGUUGUUUACUCGAAACACAGCACUAACAGAACAAACAUUUAAAAAUUUCUCCACUGUUUUGCAAUGUGCCAGAAGCCACGUAUGGACACAGCACCCUUUUAGUCAGCCUGACACAGUUGUUUUGUUCUUUUUUCAGUCUGAUUUGGGGAGUGACCUGAAUAGGACCAUGUCGACAAAAAAGGAUUCACUUCAAGUGGGGCAACAUUCAACGACAAUCCCUCGGAUCAUCCUCACACAUCCCUCUACCUCAGAUGAAGAUGUGGAGCUCUUGACGCAGAGCUCCAGCAGAGAUCCGUUACAUGACGCUGACAGUCCUGAUAAGCAUGUGCACUCUGACUGUUUUGACAGUGCUUUCUACCCACUCUGACCACAGCUCAGAGCUACAUGGAUGAAGGACUCGCACUGCUACUAUCCAGCUCAUUGUUUUCUGAGGCAUUUUCAGUGAUGUUACUGUGGAGGAUUAUUGUAAAUCAAACUGUUGGAAUGUGUUUGUUUUUUUACUGCAAAGCUUUUUGCCUGUCAGAUCAAAUUGCUGCUAAUAGAAUGAAAUUAUAUUAAAGCCAUUUGCAAGGAGGGAGAACAUAAAGACAAGUUCUUCUUAUUAGAGAACAUAAAGCACACUAACGUCCAAAUGAAAAUCAAAUACAACCAAUUAAACAAUGACUGAUGCUGGCUACCUCUGCUUCACAAUGCUGUGUGUAGGUUAUGCAUGUGCUGGCACAUAGUGUCUCCACCCGUGACAGCGUGAAGCCCUUAAACUUUUUAUAGUCUGUACCGAGAUAAAAUGCCACAUGGCUGAACAGAGAUCACAGCAGGGAGUCUGCAACCUGCAGCCUCCUGAGACAAACUGAUCUCUGCUUCACAUCUUCACACGCCUCAGCGGUACCAGCUAAAUGCCAACGUAUGAGAUCAUACUCUCAAAAGACAGACAUCAGGCAUCACACAGGAGCUUCCAAAGCUUAGAAUGUGCAAACUAUAGAUGUACACCUGCCUUGUAUUAUGUGGCGGCUUUUAUAUUCAGUUAAUUGUUCAGUGUUCAUUUUCUGAAUAAAGUGCAAAUAUAUUGUUCCAA